AGACUUAUUUGCAGCAUUAAAUAAAAUACAAAUGAAAUAGUGAUUUUUGUAGGAGUAAUACAAUACUUACCAAAAUGUGAAGUAAAAAUCCUUAGGUAUAGAGCGGUCUGCACGAAGAUCGAUUCGCAGUGAAAUGUGAUUUUACUGUUUCUGGAAACCCUAAAGUCGAUAAAUUCUUCAUCAAUGAAGUAAAUUAAAGCAUUUGCAUGUUCAAUUUGCUAUUGUAGCCUGAAAUUCAACGAAUUCCAAUCAAUAACCAGUGCCGUUUUGAACAUGUCUGCGUCAAACGACGGUGACAAAGAUGAGAGGAAACGUAAUCUCCCUUCAUGGAUGAGUUCAAGACCCGGUUCAAGCGGUUCGGGUCACAGUAAAUCAACCGAUGAAGACAAUGCCAAAACACUAUCCAACGAAGCUAAAUUCUCUACCUCGACUUCGAGUGGUUCAAAUUUCUCAAAACUAAUGGAAGGGGUUGUAUUUGCCCUAUCAGGUUUUGUCAAUCCCGAGCGUGGUACAUUAAGGUCCCAGGCUUUAGAAAUGGGAGCCAAGUAUCAACCUGAUUGGAACUCAAACUGCACACUCUUGAUCUGUGCAUUUUCCAAUACCCCAAAGUUUCGGCAAGUUGAAGCAGAUAAUGGAACAAUUGUAUCAAAGGAGUGGAUAACAGAGUGUUAUAAACAACGAAAACUUGUUGAAAUUGAACCUUACCUUAUGCAUGCUGGCAAACCAUGGAAACGUCAAAGUGCCUCUCAUGAAUCUGGCCAAGAUCAAAAACCAUCCACAUCUAGAAAGUCUCAUACAAGAGCAGAAAAAACUUCACCUCUUGAGACAACUACUACUCCUUCAUCUGAGGAGGUACAUUGUGAUAAAGUAAAAGAUGGUUUCUCUCCAUCUAAAGUGAAAAGAUGGGCUAUAGAUGAUCUUAACCGGACGAUUACAUGGCUGGAGAAUCAAGAUGAAAAGCCAGAGCCGCAUGAGAUGAAGAAAAUAGCUGCUGAGGGAAUUCUAACCUGUUUACAGGAUGCCAUAGAUUCUCUGAAGCAAGGGCAGGAUAUGCGUCAAAUAACUGAGCAGUGGGAAUGCAUCCCUCGGGCGGUUGAGGAGUUGGCUAAGUUUGAUGGGACUUGUGUUGGAUCAGCUAAACUACACAAGGAUCUUUGCAAACAAGCUGUGACCUGUAAACAAAUUUAUGAGCUGGAGUACCGAAAUAGAGAAGACGAUGAGCAGAGGACUUGUGUGAGUGGAAAGGCUAGUGACGUUGCCAAAGUUAAUGCUGCAUAUGACAGCGAUGAUACAAUUGAGAUGACAGAAGAUGAAAUUAACCAAGCUUAUAAUACCGUAGCAUCUACCAUUAAAAACACUUGAGCGAGUGUGAAAAUGGGGAGUAGAGUAGACGGAUAUCUGCAUAACCUAAUUUUCAAUUCCUUUCUCCUCAUUUUUUGGUUGUUUUAUUUCUUUUGGCCUGUAAAUGGAGGAAAGAGAUGGUAGUUUUAUAUUUGAACUGAGCAUCAACAUCCAAGAGUUGUCAUCUCUUGUUAUAAAGGUAGCUUCUUUUGCAUUGUCAAAAAAAAAAGGUAGCUUCUUUUGAUGCCAGGAGGUACCUAAGAAAAAAACUUGUUACAAAGGUACAAAAACCGAAUUAUUUUAGGAGGGAUGUUGGUAAGUCCUCAACCUGCCGAUUGGUACUAACAGCAUCACUUUAUUUCGUCAUUUCUUUUUCUAAUUCUCACAUUCUUAAGUUAAUUGAUUGAUUUUUUUUCCUAUCGUGAGUAGAAGCACACAACCAACUCUUUACGUACUGAGAGUCCAAAUGGUUUCAUUGUUCCAAAUCUAAUCUCAAGCAAAAUCAUCAAAAUCAAGCAUAUGUUAUUUGCUUGAAAGAAACUUGAACAAAUUCCGACGCAAGAAAGUCAGAACCCAUUUUCCUAUCUUAUGAGCUUGAGAACAAUUGCAAGUUCAAAUAUGUGCUGGUUUCAAAUUACUAUGUCAGAUCUUGCAAAUUGCUCAUUCACGGUGAGUAGCUUGCAUAUCCGUUGGAGUUUUGGCACGGCUCUUCCAGACUGGUCAAUUAUAAAAGCCACCCGAAAAAAGUGCUCAAGCUCUCAUUACUUAUGUGUAUGAUUUAUUGCCAAUAGACAACAACAAUGUAGCCCGUGUGAUAUUAUUGCCAAUUGACAUUUGACUAAACUACUUGUUUGUACCAACACAAAUGACGUUUCCACAA